GUGAGGGAGGUAAGGUCGGGUGUGAGGGGCGGGGGAAGUGGUCAGUGUUGGAGGAGCAGCGUCGAGGAGCACUGACAGUGAGGACAAGUGUCACACUCCACCACCAUGACGUUUGCCUCCUCAACACACCUGCUCACAACACUUCUAUUAUUGCUCGUUGCCACCACCACCGCCACCAAAAUGCCAGAGCCGAAGCCAUUUGAACGCCUCCCUGAGAAUAUUAAGCCCACUCAUUACAAAAUCACACUCCAACCAAAUCUUGUAAAAUGUGUAUUUCAUGGCUCUCAGGAAGUUGAUAUUGAGAUUAAGGAAGCUUCAAAGCAGAUAAAGUUCAACUCGCUGGACUUGACUUUGCGAGACGUAAAGGUAAUGCUGCCGUCCAAGGAGGUGCUUGUCCCUAUUUCUACAGAAAUUUCUACAAGCAAUGAGAUGGUAACACUUGCAUUUGCGGAAACUUUGCCAAUUGGAUCAGCCAAAUUAAGUGUGUCAUUCGAUGGAGAACUUAAUGACAAAAUGAAAGGGAUGUACAGAAGCAAAUAUUCAUCAGCGAAUGGUGAAGAACGCUAUUCAGCCGUCACGCAGUUCGAAGCUACAGAUGCCCGUCGCUGUUUUCCUUGCUGGGAUGAACCAGCACUCAAAGCUACAUUUGACAUAACGCUUGUGGUGCCACAUGAUCGUGUGGCACUCUCUAAUAUGCCAGUAAUAUCAAGAGAGCCACAUGAAUCUGACUCCAACCUGCAGGUGGUGAAGUUUGCCACCUCUCCCCUCAUGUCGACAUACUUGGUGGCUGUUGUGGUGGGCGAGUAUGAUUAUGUAGAAGACACUUCAACAGAUGGAAUAAAGUGGACGCAAAUGAUGUCACAAGAUAGGACUCAGCAGAAAAGUUGGCAACGCAUUAUGUGUCACGAGAUAAGGAAAGUGUUAAAUUUUUCUAGUCAUUCGUUCUGGUCCAAACUAACUUGCAACUUUUUCUUUGUAGGUGCUAUGGAGAACUGGGGUUUGGUGACAUAUAGAGAAACUUGCCUACUGGUAGACCCGGACAACACCAGUGCCAGCCAACGCCAGUGGAUUGCACUGGUUGUUGGUCAUGAACUUGCUCAUCAGUGGUUUGGUAACCUUGUGACAAUGGAAUGGUGGACUCAUCUGUGGCUUAAUGAAGGCUAUGCUACCUUUGUUGAGUUCUUGUGUGUGGAUCAUUUAUUCCCAGAAUAUGACAUUUGGACACAGUUUGUCACAAAUGCAUACAUUCGAGCACUGGAACUAGACUCUCUCAAGAAUUCACAUCCCAUUGAAGUACCUGUUGGUCAUCCCUCUGAAGUUGAUGAGAUUUUUGAUGACAUAUCUUAUUCUAAGGGUGCCUCUGUUAUUCGUAUGUUGCAUUGUUACCUAGGAGAUAAGGAUUUCAGAACUGGAAUGAAUAUAUAUCUAACGCGUCAUCAGUAUGGAAACACUUACACGGAGGACUUGUGGGCAGCUCUGAGUGAGGCAUCGAGUAAGCCAGUGGGAGACGUGAUGAGCACAUGGACCAAACAGACUGGGUUCCCUAUGAUUUCUGUGGCAUCACACCAGGAUGGAGACAACAGAGUACUCACUCUUACACAACAGAGAUUCCUAGCUGAUGGCUCCUCAGGAGAUGGUAGUUUGUGGAUGGUUCCAAUUAGCAUUUCAACAGAAAAAAAUCCAGCAAAAACGAUAAAAAAAGUGUUGCUUGAAAGCAAGACAACCCAAGUGGUACUGGAAGGUGUGUCUGAAAAUACUUGGGUCAAGUUAAAUCCAGGAACUGUGGGAUAUUAUAGGACUCGGUACACUCCUGAGAUGCUGACUCAGCUCGUCCCAGCAAUGAAAACAAAGUGCCUUCCACCUCUUGAUCGGCUUGGUGUGUUUGACGAUCUUUUCUCUAUGGUUCUGGCAGGUCACACUAGCACAGUGGAGGUUCUAAAGGUGCUACGAGCCUUUGAAGACGAGACUGACUACACUGUGUGGUCUGCAGUGCACAAUUGUGUGGCACACCUUAACCAGCUCCUUUCCCACACAGACUUCCACCCCAGCUUUGCAGCCUUUGUCAGGCAGCUCUUCUCAAAAAUUGGCCAGAAGCUCGGCUGGGAAACAAAGCAUGGGGAGACACACUUGCAAACUCUGCUGCGUUCAUUAGUUCUUGGCCAGCUGGGAUUAUAUGGCGAUGAGGCUGUUGUGGCAGAGGCCAAGAAGCGACUGGCAGCCCAUGUGGCCAACACAAAAACCCUUCCUGCCGACCUCCGCUCGCCUGUCUACAAGACAGUCGUCUCUCAAGCUGAUGAGAAAACAUAUGACCAGAUGAUUAAGCUGUACCGUGAAGCCGACUUGCAUGAAGAGAAGGACCGUAUUUCCAGAUCACUUGGAGCCACUCGAGACCCAAAUCUAAUUCAGCGUGUUCUCCAAUUUGCCAUGUCGAAUGAAGUGAGGAAUCAAGAUACAAUAUUUGUCAUUAUUAGUGUUGCCAUGACUGCUCCAGGUCGUUCUGCUGCCUGGUCAUUUUUCAAGAAACAUCAUCAGGAACUAGUUGAUAGAUAUGAGGUAUGUAUACAACUUGCCCAUUAAAGUACAUGUACUGUA